GCGGUCCAAUUCACUAGCCUGAAUGGGAGGCACCAGGCGAUUCCUCCGCCCGUAUCCGCCUCGACCCCGACUCCCGUCCCCUGCGCCCCAGGUCCCCAAUGGCAGCGGCCGCUUGCCCCGCGUUCCUUCUGUGCUUCCCGCUUCUGCUACUGCUGUCCGGCUGGUCCGGGUCAGGGCGGGCCGACACACACUGUCUUUGCUAUGACUUCAUCAUCACUCCUAAGUUCAGACCUGAACCACGAUGGUGUGAAGUUCAAGGCCUGGUGGAUGAAAGGCCUUUUCUUCACUAUGACUGUGUUAACCACAAGGCCAAAGCCUUUGCUUCUCUGCAGAAGAAAGUCAAUGUCACAAAAACCUGGGAAGAACAAACUGAAACAUUAAGAGAUUUCUCCCUUCUCUCCCACACAAGCACACUAAGACAAACUGAAACACUAACAGAUGUGGGGGAUUUCCUCAAAGGGCAACUGCCUGACAUUGAAAUGGAGAAUUUAAUACCCAUCGAGCGCCUCAUUCUGCAGGCCAGGAUGUCUUGUGAGCAUGAAGCCCACGGACACAGCAGAGGAUCUUGGCAGUUCCUCUUCAAUGGACAGACUUUCCUCCUCUUUGACUCAAACAACAGAAAGUGGACAGCACUUCAUCCUAGAGCCAAGAAGAUGACAGAGAAGUGGGAGAAGAACAAGGAGGUGACCGUGUUUUUCCAUAACAUUUCAAUGGGGGAUUGUAAGACAUGGCUUGAAGACUUUUUGAUAUGCUGGGAACAAAUGCUGGAUCCAACAAAACCACCCUCUCUGACCCCAGGCACAACCCAACCCAAAGCCAUGGCCAGCACCCUCAGUCCCUGGAGCCUCCUCAUCAUCCUCUGCUUUAUCCUCCCUGGCAUCUGAGGAGAGUUGUUUAGAGUGACAGGUGGAAGGUGAUAUCAAGAAGCCUCUGUUAGCCUGGUCUGGUUCCUGCUCUCCCUUCAGGGAGGCCGCCUGUCUACUCACCACUGUGCCUUUCUGGAAAGCAGGAGUUCAAGCCUUAGCAAGCCCACAGGCCCCCAGCAGAUGAUGAGGACAUUGUAGACUCAACAUUUCAUCCCACUCAUUACCUUCGCUCAUGAUCCCAGCAGCCAUUUUUCUUAACACCUUCUGCCACUUUCUGUCGGUGCUAAUGGAUGGAAUUCCUGCACAAGUUUUAACUGAGCAAGAAAUCCCAGCAAAAAGCAUUUUCUUUCUACUUUUUUGAUUGUGGGAAAGCAGACACUUCUCUGAAGCAUGACCUUAUUCUUCCAAACAGUAUCGCUUAUUCUUCCAGUGCAUGCUGGACUUCAGACCUCAGGGAUCCUUUCGAUGCACUGACCAAGAAUUAUAUUAAUUUUUUUUAUUUUUAUGGUUUUUUACAUUUUCUCAUCCUGUCAACCAUAUUGGAGUGAAGUGGCAUAGUCUUCACUCACUGUAAUCUCCAGCUCCUGGGCUCAAGUGAUCCUCUAGACUCAGCCUCUAGAAUAGCUGGGACUACAAGCGCAUGCCACCAUGCCCGGCACAUUGUUUUACUUUUAGGUAGAGAUAGGGUCUUCCUAUGUUGCUCAGGCUAGUCUUCAACUCCUGGCCUCAAGCAGUCCUCCCACCUUGGCCUCCCAAUGCUCUGGGAUUACAGGCAUGAACCACAGUGCCUGUUGUAGAAAUUUUAAAUUAUUUAAUACGGAAAAGUCUUACAUUCAUGAUUAUUUUAUUUAGUAAUUUAUUAGCCUAGACUUAUAGUUAAAUAAAGAUGUCUAUUUUCAAAGAA